AUGAAGAAUUCAAAUAAUAAGCAACGACUUUCACUGUUGGAUUUACCACCACCUAUUCCUGCUGCAUUGGAUACUUUAAACUUGGAUUAUGUGGCUGACUCUUAUCAACCAGGACAAUACGAGUUAUCAGAUUUACCAGAUAAGAUACCCAUUAUAAAUGAAAGAACUGGUAGUUUUAGAAGAUUUAUCAAGAGAAAAACCCCAAGAGAUAGAAGAAGAAUAGUCAGUGCACCACCUGGUACCAUUCUAGAAAAAGCACUUCCGAAACCACCUGCAACUUCUAGAAAUUCGUUCUAUGCAACUCCAGCUUUGCCAUUACCAAAAGCAUCGUCCACCCCGUCAUUACCCAAACCAAGAACUUUACGUCCCAAACCUAGACCAUUUUCAAUGGCUCCAAGAUCCAUUUCUUUAAUUAACGAAAAUAUACCCCCAAUUCUUACGACACCAGGUCACAACCCCAGGAAUAGUAUGGUCAUCGGAGAAGAUUCAGAUCUCAAGUUGCAGCCACAACAAAGCAACCUGUCUUCUGACUACAACUCCAUAAUAUCAGACUAUAUAAUGCCUAUGGAUUAUUACAGCCCAAAAGAUCAACAAGAUGCCAAUUUAGAUUCAAACAGUUUUGUGGAUAGUUUGUUUUCUGAAGAUAAACCUGCUAAUAAUAAUAGACAAUCAAUUUCGUCAAGUGAAGAAAUGGGUAAUCCAAUAAUUGAAAACCCACUUAAUUUACCUAAAACAAGAGACAAGCAGAAAGUUAGAUUUACAGAUAAACCAAGUUCAUAUAAAAUUAAACCAGAUUCAUUAAGGUACUAUCUUGAUUUACCUCAAGAUUAUAAUGAAAGUCGAUUCCCACUGGUUCCUAAGAAUUCUCACUUUGAUGAGCUUGAGUCACGAUACCAAAAUAAGGUUGAAGAGAAACAUCGUUCAUUUUCAGAUUUCACGCAUUUUAAGGUUCAUAUGAUAGAUAAUCCUUCAACCACAGCCGACAAACAAGAAAAGCGUAGAUCAUUUUCCGAUUUUACUAAUUUCAAAGUGAGAUCUGUUUCUGUUCCUACCCUGCAACCAAGUCUGAAUCGAUCUACUACACCUACUACAAAAACAAAUAUCAAGUCAUUCUUCAACAGGUUCAAAUCAAAGGAUGUUUCAAAGGAAAAAUCAUUACCACCAUUGCCUUGUGAAAAAAGUCAACCUAGACAGAAAAAGUAUUAUUUUGAAUAA